AUGGAGGAACUUCUGGCUAAACAUCGCAAAGAGCAAAAAAGAUCUCCAAGGGCGGAUCACGCAAAAGAAAAACGCGAGCUGUCCGAGAAACAGCAGGCAGAAAUUGCAGAGCUAAAUGGAGACUCCGUUGAAGGACUCGAAGACCUCAGCUUGGAGGAUGGCCAACCGACAGAUGACGAAGCCUCGAAAGAAGACAAACCCACCGAGGAGCCACAACAAGCACAACAAACGGCCGAAGCUACAUCAGAGCCGCCCGCCGCAUCCCAACAAAGGAAGCCAAAUCGUCAAAAAGCCCGUCUUGCCCGCCGUGCAGCCGAACAAGCCGCGCAAUCAGCCGCAGCUGCAGAAGAGGCCGCAACACAAACAAACUACAGAGGCAAUGAACAAGGAAUCAUGGACGCUGCGUUCAAGAAGCUUGGUCUGAAGGAAGUAGAAGUGACUCCGGAUGGACACUGCCUUUACUCGGCGGUUGCGAAGCAGCUCGAUGAGUCCGGAGUCGGCUUGCGGCCGGACCCAAGCCGAAUCAUGCUCCAACCAGCCACGCAGUCACGCAUCGAUACAGUCGCCUCACCGCAACAUGACGGUUACCGAGCUGUUCGGGCUGUGACGGCUGAUUUCAUUACUGAACAUAAAGAAGACUUCGAAGCGUUCAUGGAAGAGCCACUGGAGUCUUACACUCGAAAGAUCAAGUUGACUGCCGAGUGGGGCGGACAAUUGGAGCUGCAGGCGAUUGCUCGGGCAUACGGCGUGGAAAUCAACGUUGUCCAGAGCGAUGGGCGUAUGGAGAAAAUCGAGUCUGGUGACAGCGACAGCUUCGACGAAGAGGAGAAGCGCAAACGCGUUAUUUGGCUCGCCUACUAUCGCCACACCUACGGACUUGGUGAACACUACAACGCGCUUGUGAAAAAGUAA